CAUUCCCAAAAUUCGGAAAAUCCAUAUCAAGAGAGAUGGCAUGGUCAGCUGAGAACGCCAUAAAAGCCUACCUUCAAACAGUUAAAAUGGGGAAGAAGGCAAAAGAACCCGACAUGUCGGAAUUCAUAUCGGCAUUAGCAGCCGGCAACAACGCGCAGCUCAUGGUGGAAGCUUGUAGCAGCACGGCGGGUACUACCACGCUAGCAUUAGUCGCAGCAGCCCACCAGACGGGUGGCCGAGUCGUGUGUAUCCUUAGCAGGCCCGAAGAGCUACGUUUGUCGGAAGAUGCUCUUGGAGCAGAAUCCGAUUGCGUUGAGUUCGUUAUAGGUGAUGCUCGGUCACUCUUACUUAACGACUACCAUGGAGCGGAUUUUGUACUUAUAGACUGUAAUUUAGAGGAACAUGAUCAGAUCCUGAGAGCAGCCCAAGUGGGCCUGAAGCCCCGUGGGGCUGUCAUCAUGGGCUACAAUGCAUUUCGCAAUAGGUUAUUGUGGACUAGUGGAAUGAGAACCGAUCUGUUGCCGAUCGGAGACGGAUUGCAAAUCACAAGGGUGCCGGCGAGUGGUAUGGAAGGUGUUUGUGGAAGGAGGAGUAGAUGGGUGGUGAGGGUAGAUCAAUGCACCGGUGAAGAGCAUGUGUUUAGAAUAAAAUCUCAACAUAGGAAAGAGCUUGCAGCUUAGGAAUUGUUUGUCUGGUUAUGUGGGUUUUAAGACUGUUUUAAGUAAUUUUUAAU